GAGCCCUAAUAAUCGGGUAUCCAACACAAUUCGAAUUUCUAAUCAUUCUUCUUCCGGUCGGUUCGUUCCCUUUUGCUUUUGAUUUCUAAGGGAACCGCUACCGCUAGCAUAAACGCAGCGCAACGAUAUUUCCCGCCGAGUGUUUGUGACAGUGAAAGAAGAAUAUGUCUUGUUCUUCAAAUUACUACACUGCUGCGCUUAAAGUUUGCUGCGAAGCUCGGAAUCAUGCCCAAGUUAAGAAGCUUCACUGCCGCAUCAUCAGAACUGUGCCAAAUCCAGAAACCUUUCUGUUUAAUAACCUUAUCAGUGCCUACGGGAAACUUGGUAACUUGAAGAAUGCACGGAAUGUAUUUGUUAAAAUUCCUCAACCAAAUAUUUUCUCAUGGAACACGCUGCUUUCGGUGUACUCAAAAUCAGGUUGCCUUCAGGAGAUGCUAGAGAUCUUCAACCGCAUGCCGAAGCAUGAUGUGGUCACUUGGAACUCGCUUCUCUCGGGGUAUGCGGGUAACAAUUUGAUUAUCGAGUCGGUUAGAGUUUAUAGCAUGAUGUUAAAGGAUGGGUCGGUAAACUUGAAUAGGAUCACGUUCUCUACUAUGCUAAUACUCUCGUCUAAUCGAGGAUUUGUUGAUUUGGGUCGGCAGAUUCACGGGCAAAUAUUCAAAUUUGGUUAUCAAUCGUAUCUGUUCGUCGGCAGUCCUUUGGUGGAUAUGUACGCAAAAACGGGAUUUAUCAACGAUGCACAACAGGUUUUUAAAGAGAUACCUGAUAAGAAUGUAGUUGUGUACAAUACUAUGAUCACAGGUCUGUUGCGGUGUGGUUUGAUCGCAGAAGCUGAGAAAUUGUUUCACAAAAUGCCAGAAAAAGAUUCAAUUUCAUGGACAACGAUCAUAACUGGACUUACCCAAAAUGGUUUGUUCAGAGAAGCUGUUGAUAUGUUUAGAGAAAUGAGAUUAGAAGGUUUGUGCAUGGAUCAGUUCACCUUUGGGAGUGUAUUGACUGCAUGCGGUGGUCUUCUGGCACUAGGCGAAGGAAAGCAAAUUCACGCCUAUAUUAUCAGGACAGAUUAUCAAGAUAACAUAUUUGUAGGAAGUGCUCUAGUUGAUAUGUAUUGCAAGUGUCGAAAUGUAAAAUCUGCGGAAGCAGUGUUUAGAAAAAUGAGGCACAAAAAUGUAAUAUCGUGGACAGCAAUGUUAGUCGGUUAUGGCCAGAAUGGCUACUGUGAAGAAGCUGUUAGGAUAUUUCAUGAUAUGCAGAGAAAUGAGAUUCAUCCAGAUGAUUUUACUUUGGGAAGUGUAAUUAGCUCAUGUGCAAACCUCGCAAGCCUAGAAGAGGGUGCCCAGUUUCAUGGCCACGCUUUAGUUUCUGGUUUAAUUUGUUUUGUUACAGUUUCAAAUGCUCUAGUCACUCUUUAUGGAAAAUGUGGAAACAUAGAAUAUGCCCAUCAGUUGUUUCAAGAAACGAAAAUCAAGGAUGAAGUUUCUUGGACAGCUUUAGUCUCGGGGUAUGCACAGUUCGGAAAAGCCAAUGAAACAAUAUCUCUUUUCGAGACAAUGUUGGCCCAUGGUUUGGUACCUGAUGGAGUUACUUUGGUUGGAGUUUUAUCAGCUUGUAGUAGAGCAGGUUUAGUGGAGAAAGGUUAUCAUUAUUUUGAAUCUAUGGUAAAAGAACAUGGAAUUACACCAAUCCUCGAUCACUACACAUGCAUGAUUGACCUUCUCAGCCGAGCUGGAAGAUUAGAAGAAGCAAAAAACUUUAUUAAUAAGAUGCCUUUUAGCCCCGAUGCAAUUGGUUGGGCCACAUUGCUAAGUUCUUGUAGACUAAAUGGAAAUUUGGAAAUUGGUAAAUGGGCUGCCAAGUCUCUUCACGAAUUAGAGCCAGAGAACCCUGCUAGCUAUGUUCUAUUAUCAAGCAUUUACGCUGCAAAAGGAAAAUGGGAUGAUGUAGCAAAAUUGAGGAAGGGAAUGAGGGAAAAGGGAGUGAAAAAGGAACCAGGAUAUAGUUGGAUCAAAUAUAAAAACAAAGUGCACGUUUUCUCUGCAGAUGACCAGUCAAGCCCAUUUUCAGGUCAGAUAUAUGCCAAGUUGGAAAGUUUGUACCUUAAAAUGAUUGAGGAAGGGUAUGUGCCUGAUAUGAGUUUUGUUCUCCAUGAUGUUGAGAGGUCAGAGAAGAUAAGUAUGCUUAACCACCACAGUGAAAAACUUGCUAUCGCUUUUGGUUUAAUAUUUAUACCUGAUGGCCUUCAAAUACGAGUUGUCAAAAAUCUUAGGGUCUGUGGCGAUUGCCACAAUGCCACAAAAUACAUUUCUAGGAUUACCCAGAGAGAGAUACUUGUAAGAGAUGCAGUCCGUUUCCAUUUGUUCAAGGAUGGAAUAUGUUCAUGUGGGGAUUUCUGGUAGUGUUUUGACCAUCUAAAACCUCAGCUGAAGAUAUCAAAACCUCAGAAUUGUUCUUCAAGUAAUGACGGAAGUUUUAAAUGAGUGCGAAACCUAUCAUCAAUCUCGAAUGUGUGUAUAAUUGUUGUGAGCAUGAUUGAUGGUUGCUUUGUGCUAUGAUGUAAUUCAAGAAUGACUCGUAAGUUCUACAGAACAAGAAAUCCUCCAAGGAUCAGAAGAAGGAUUUGUUUUGUGCUAUGAGCCUUGAGUAUCACACGAUUCGGUAAAGCUACUGGAGGUAUUGAGAUGAAAAUUCGUCUGAUGAAUAUUGGGGAUAUUUCCAGUUUGGUGUGAAACCUGAUGGUUGCUUGAAGUGAUCAAGUUCAAGUACGCUAUUUUCAGCUACAAGCCUGCAAGUGGAAUAGCGACACAAGUACUUGAUCUGUGUUGCUGAACUGGUAUGUGCACCUUUUCUGCAGAUUGAUUCCAAUGAUGAAAUGGGGUUCGAACAGGCCAUUAUUUUCUGCAUCUUCAUAGAUAUUAUUACAACUCAGGGAAUACCUGCUCUCACUUCUCCCUCUUGCUCUCUUGGUAAUAUUUAAUGUAGUUAUAUUUUUCUUGACCAUUUUUCCUUUUGGACGGAUGUUAAAUCUGGAAAAGGUAUUAAAGAUCGGAUAUGAUUAAUUCACAAUUGUUUGGAAUUGUAAAGGCCUAUUCUAUUAUCAGGCAGGAAGACAUUCUCUUCCCGAUUGAUAUUUUAU